AUGUUCAGGAGAGUCGCAGCAGCCGUGCCUGCCCAGGCCGGACGAGUACUUGCAACCGCCGCGAGACCCAGCAUCGCAUCGCCCAUCCGCACAGCAGCACCCGCAGUAUCAGCAGUCGGACGGCGGCAAUACCACGAGAAAGAUAAAUUCACCUCACUGCUCGACCACUACAACAGGCCACGAAAUGUCGGUUCAAUGUCAAAGACUGAUAGCGAUGUCGGCACCGGACUCGUCGGCGCACCCGCAUGUGGCGAUGUCAUGAAGCUCCAGAUCCGAGUUGACCCGAACAACAACACCAUCAGCGAUGUAAAGUUCAAGACAUUCGGAUGUGGCAGCGCAAUUGCCAGCUCGAGUUAUCUGACCGAGUUGGUCCGAGGCAUGACAUUGGAGGAUGCGGCGCGGAUCAAGAACACAGAGAUUGCCAAAGAGCUCUGCCUACCACCUGUAAAGCUGCACUGCUCUAUGCUUGCCGAGGACGCCAUCAAGUCCGCCAUCUCCAACUACUACACCAAGAACCCCAAGGCACGACAAACAGAUCUGGGCGGCAAGUCGGCGCCAUUGCCAAAGGUUGAAGUCGAGACUGUGUCCUCUGCGGCGGCCUAA